AUGCAACGCUGGGCCUUAAUACUAUCGGCCUAUCAGUAUGAUAUUGCAUAUCGUAAAGGUGAAGAACAUGCUAACGCUGAUGCGUUUUCCCGUCUACCGAUAGAGUCUGACAGUAGGUCUGAGGAGGCCAAUAUUUACCAUUCCACACAACUUGACGAACUACCCUUGAGAUCUGAGGACAUCAAAGAAGAAACGAGGAAGGACCCAGUUCUUUCCAAAGUCCUGAGUCAUACAUUAAAUGGGUGGCCUAAUUACGUGGCUGAAGCUAAUCUCCAACCAUACUUCCAGCACCGAGAACACCUAUCAACCGAACAAGGAUGUCUAUUAUGGGGUUUGCGCGUGAUCAUACCUCCUGCUUUACGCGAACGACUUCUGAAUGACCUUCAUGAACAGCAUGUUGGAUUGUGUGCUAUGAAAGCACUAGCCAGAAGCUAUCUUUGGUGGCCUAAUCUCGAUAAGGAAAUUGAGACUUUGGUCAAUGCCUGUAGUGUGUGUCAAAGUUCACGUAACACACCCCCUGUAGCACCACUUUUUUCGUGGAGCUGGCCAAAACGAGUGUGGCAAAGGUUACACAUUGACUUCGCGGAGAAGGACAAACAGCAUUUCUUGGUUGUUAUAGAUAGCCAUUCGAAGUGGUUGGAAGUGUUUCACAUGACGUCCACAACCUCAAAUAGGACAAUUGAGGUCUUGCGGUGGUUAUUCGCGUCAUAUGAUCUCCCCGAGGAGAUUGUAUCAGAUAAUGGGCCCCAAUUCAUUUCUAGUGAAUUUGAACAGUUCAUGGUUAAGAACGGAGUGAAACAUACUCUUGUACUUCCGUACCAUCCCGCAUCGAAUGGUGCAGCGGAGCGGUCUGUGCAAAUCCUUAAGCGGGCACUCCUGAAACAGGUUUUAAACGGUGAUGAACAGUAUUCCAUGCAGCAUCGCCUUAGUAACUUUUUGUUGAAGUACCGGUCAACACCUCACUCAGUAACAGGUGUGUCUCCUGCGGAAUUGUUUUUGAAGAGACAACUCCGAAACAAAUUUUCGCUCUUACAACCUAAUUUGGAGGGGAGAGUUAGUUGUAAACAAAUUAUGCAAAAGAAACAUCACGACAAAGGGCGAGUGCAAGUCAGAUCAUUUGUGGCGAACCAAACAGUUCGUGUUAGGAAUUUUCGCGGAGGACUGGAGAAAUGGGUUCCAGGGAAGAUUGUGAAGCAGUUGGGUCCCUUGACUUACUUAGUGCGCGUCGGACCAAAUAUCCGGUAUGCACAUGUCGAUCAUAUCGUGUCGUCGGGAGAGGAAAUACUCAAUGAUGGACCAACAAAGAUGGAGACGGAAAAGGUUGUCGACACUAGUUUACAUACAACUCAACCGAUUAUGACAAGUGAUAUUUCGACAUCAGUACCCGAGAUACAACAGGCACCGCAGAAAUCGUCAUUGAUUUUAUCAGACACAUCUCCAGCACCUGUUGUGUCCAAACCUCUUCAGGUGUCUCCAGCAACCAUGUUGUCACCUACAAAUAAGACAGACAUUACAAGGAACACACCGUACACUCCUGAUGCCUCGGUUUCCAUUCCAUUGAGACGCAAUCCUCCAAGGUAUCGCUCGCCUUGA